GGCUCCCGUGGCCAGCCCGUCGACCUUCUGCGUCGACAUGAAGCAGAGCGGCGAGGCGCCGGGGCUCAUGGACUUCAAGCACGGGACGACCACUCUCGGCUUUGUCUUCCAGGGCGGCAUCAUCAUCGCCGUGGACUCGCGCGCGUCCAUGGGCAGCUACAUCGGGUCCCAGACCGUGAAGAAGGUCAUCGAGAUAAACGACUUCCUGCUCGGCACCAUGGCGGGCGGGGCUGCGGACUGCUCGUACUGGGAGCGCCACCUCGCGCAGAUGUGCCGCAUGUACGAGCUCCGCCACAAGGAGCGCAUCUCUGUGGCGGCUGCAUCCAAGCUCCUGUGCAACAUCUUCUUCAACUACCGCGGCCGGGGCCUGUCUUGCGGCACCAUGGUGGCGGGCUGGGAUAAGGAUCGCUUCUUCAAACAAUCGGCCCGUUGUCAUUCAAGCAGCGAUAGCGUGAAUGCAUGA